AUGUCGGUGAUGAAACUUUACUUCGAUAUCACCAAGGACGAUAAACCUCUUGGCAGAAUCGUCAUGGAGCUCCGUCCCGAUGUCGCUCCCAGAACUGCUGAGAACUUCCGCGCUCUCUGCACUGGUGAGAAAGGAUUCGGCUAUGCUGGCUCUAGCUUCCACCGUAUCAUUCCCCAGUUCAUGCUCCAGGGAGGUGACUUCACCCGUGGCAACGGUACUGGUGGCAAGUCCAUCUAUGGUGAAAAAUUUGCCGAUGAGAAUUUCGAUUUGAAGCACACUGGUCCCGGUACUCUCUCCAUGGCCAAUGCUGGUCCUAACACCAACGGCUCCCAGUUCUUCAUCUGCACUGUCAAGACCGCCUGGUUGGAUGGCAAGCAUGUAGUCUUUGGCAAAGUCGCAGACGAUGACUCUUUGGAAGUUGUCAAGGCUAUCGAGAGGGAGGGUACUCCACAAGGUCCCCCCAAGAGCAAGAUUACCAUCGCACAGUGUGGUCAGCUUUGA